UCUGCAGUUGUCGUCGGGAUGAUGAAGGAUAGCAGCCAGCUAGGGAAAUGGCUCUUAUUGCUUUCAAAUGAAUGAUUCCCAGAUUUCUUGCAUAAACCAUUGGGCUGGGAUGGUUUGUUCGGUGGCUGACUGUCAGAUAUCUACUUGAUGGAUUCCAUUGAACAUUAUUAUUAGAAUGCAACCAACUGCCUCAAUCACUGAAGACUGUUUGACAAAGUAUCACCUUGCUUGAUAGAACAGGUGCUUCUUGUGAAGGAGGCCUCCAAACUGUCCUCGAUUUACUGAACUGGAAAGCAAAAUGAAGACAUCCCAGACCAUAAAUCAUGACUCUGGUUUACCUGUCGAUUUUUGACGGACGUAUAAAAUAAUCACUUGAUGUUUCGGUGUGUGUCUGCAGGAUACUGACUCUUUCUUUCUCUCUCUCACACACACACACACACACACACACACACACACACACACACACACACACACACACACACACACACACACACACACACACACACUAAAGGACAACUUCUUGUAUCAAUCCAGAGUUCCCAAAGAGGACCGUCAAAAUGUUUUCGGCUCUUAAGAAGCUGGUGGGCACCGAGCCUGGCCAGCUAGGAAACAAAAGCAUUCCAGCUGGUUUGCAGUCAAUGAACCAGAGCCUACAGAGAAGGUUUGCCAAGGGAGUACAGUAUAACAUGAAGAUCAUCAUCCGCGGAGACCGGAACACGGGAAAGAGUGCCCUAUGGCACCGACUACAGGGGAAGAAGUUUCUGGAAGAGUACAUCCCCACACAAGAAAUCCAGGUCUCCAGCAUCCACUGGAACUAUAAAACGACAGACGACGUUGUCAAGGUGGAAGUUUGGGACGUGGUGGACAAAGCAGGGAAAGGCAAGAAGCGAGGAGAAAUGCUGAAAACGGAGAAUGAACCCCUGGAGAAUGAGACUGAGAUGGCUCUGGAUGCAGAGUUCCUGGACGUGUACAAGAACUGCAAUGGAGUCAUCAUGAUGUUCGACAUCACCAAACAAUGGACAUUUGACUACAUUGUGCGGGAGCUGCCCAAAGUGCCUACACACGUGCCUGUCUGUGUGUUGGGCAACCAGAGGGACAUGGGCGAACACCGGGUCAUCCUGCCCGACGACACCCGAGAGUUCCUCUGUCACCUCAACAGGCCUCCAGGUUCUUCUUACAUCCACUACGCUGAAUCUUCCAUGAAGAAUGGCUUUGGCCUCAAGUACCUGCACCGCUUCUUCAAUAUCCCCUUCUUACAGCUGCAGAGGGAGACCCUGCUGAGACAACUGGAGACCAACCAGCUGGACAUAGACGCCACUCUGGAGGAGCUCAAUGUUCAGCAGGAGACUGAGGACCAGAACUAUGGCAUUUUCCUGGAGAUGAUGGAAGCCAGAAACAAAGCUGGCUUCAGCUCCCCGGGGGGCCCUUCCAACGGCCAGAGCCCCUCCUCAGGCUCCCAGUCCCCCAUAGUCCCGCAGAGCGGGCCCUCUACUCCUGGGGCCUGUCCCAGCCCCUGCACCCCCCAGCAACCCCCUCUCCCACCCCAGCCCCUAACUAUCUCCAACCCUAUCCCCAGGUCAGUUCAGGGUCCCCCCUCCUACACCAACCCUAACCUUAACCCCUGUCCCCCUCUCCAGAACACUGUACUCCCUAGGGGUCCAGGUUACCCACAGCAGCCCCUGGCCCCCCAGCCGCUGCCCCCAACCCCUCAGGGGCUCCACCAUGGGGGAACCACACCUGUCACGACCCCCCAGUCACCCAGUGUCACCCAGGCCCCCCCUGCCCAGAAGAGAGGCUUCAUGUCGCGCCUCUUUGGAUCAGCCACCUCUGAGACUCCCGCUGAUGGCACAGACGAGAAGGUGCGGAAUGUGGAUGACUUUCUUCCCGAUGGGGGCACGGCCCGUAGCUUCCCGGAGGAGAGGGCUGCUGCCAAAGCCAAGGAGAAAGCUGGAAGAGCAGGCAACAUGGACAGUGACAGUGACGGUGAGGGCCGAGGGGGGAACCCCAUGGUGUCAGGCUUCCAGGACGAUUUUGCCCCAGAUGAGCUGUGCCAGUCUGUGCCCAAAUCUAUACCCAAGGCAGCCACCGUCCCCAGCAUGGGCAUCACCCUGACCAGCGAUGAAGAAGAUGAGGGGACGAAGGCACUUAACGUCAUCCAGGACGGUGGAACGGACAGGAGGAGAUCCUCCAACGCUUUGAAGACUCACAACAAGACCGGAGAAGCCAAGAAACCAGCGGGCUUAAAGAUGUCGUCCGUGCCCGUCUCAUUCCUGAACCCGACCCUAGCCCCGGUGCAGUCCAUGCGGGCAGGCAAGAAGAAUGGAGGGGAUGAAUCCUCCCACUCAGACCAAGAAGCUCCAGGGGACGAUCAGAUGCUCUCCUUCGUCAUGGACGAACCAAACUAUGAGGACGAGGAGUUUGAGAAGCCCAAGAAAAAGAAGGAGCCUUCGGCUGUACUGGAGGACCUGAAGCUGGUCCAGCCCUCUGUCCUCCCCGUCAAGAGCGACGACCUGGACCUGUUUGGACUGGGAUUCCAGGAUGUGGCGCCCAAGAGCAAGGAAAGCAGUGAGGACCAAGAUGACCGAGAAAGUAGAUCUUCAACAAAGGACAAGAAGAAGAAGAAGAAGAAAAGCAAAGAGGAGGACGACAAAAGCAGCAAGAAACGACACAAACAGAAGAAAAAGGAGGAGUCAGGGAGCGGGGACGAGAAAGAGAAGAAAAAGAAGAAGUCAAAGUCGACCAAGAAAGCCGGAGGCGUGGUUGACGACCUGGAGUCUUUCCUCGCCGGAGACGUAGACUACGAGGAGAUGUAGAAUAUCCCCCCCAGCAUCCAAUCAGGACUCCGUUCUACUUCAGCGUUCUAGGGUCAGGAUGUAGCCAUGACGACGAGAGAAUGCGUCGACUGACUGGCUGAGUGAUCGAAGACUGCAAUUCUCAUUGGGUGAUUGUUAUUUCCCACUUCCUGACGUUGUGGUGCCUCUACAGUGGUUAGAUUUUGAUCAUUUGUCAUUGACAUUGACGUUGGUUGUUUUGCUUACCCUUUUACUGUACAUGCAACACUACCGUCAUACAACAACACUACUGCAAAACUGUAGCUGGUAUAUCCAGGUUUUGAGUUUACGCUCAGAGGACAAAACCACCAUUACUUUGAUGUUUCCACGGCCGAAUACACUUGGGUACACUCACUGCAAUGUCUUUGCUAUUCCAUUUGUCUUUUUCCAUUGGGUCUGCUUUCUGGGAAAGGCUUUAGAACUGACCCUCGUAAGGAGUUGUGACUAUUUCUAUAUGGGAGCGCUCUCCUUUACGCUGACCAGUCUUCAGGAGUCGGGGGACGUGUGUGCAUUCAUUAUGAAUUAUGUUGAACAUUGCUUCAGCAGCGAUAUAAAUGUUAUUUAUGUUUAUCUGGUGUUGGCUUUUCAAACUACAACUAUGUCUAGGUACAGUAGGAGUUUGUGAGUGUUUACUAAACAAGACAUUUUGGGAGUUUCUCUGAACUGAUUCAGCAAAUUUCACUGUGCAUGAUCAUUUUGUUUUGGUUUGAUGUCAAUGCCUUAAGGAAAGCUUUACUUUAACACUGCAAAGGGUUACUUUAACACUGGAAAGGGUUACUUUAACACUGCAAAGGGUUACUUUAACACUGCAAAGGGUUACUUUAACACUGCAAAGGGUUACUUUAACACUGGAAAGUGGCGAUAUGAAUGCCUUUUAGUAGUAGAGAUCUGAUUGUUCAAUGAUGCCGUCAUUCUGGCAAAACACAAUGCAAGGGAAGCCAAGAUACAAUGUUUUUUUCCCAACCUGCUGUUCUAUUAAGUCAUGUUGUUUUUACUAUGGGGCAGUUGUACAAUGUCAUUUGACGUUUUUUUCACAUUUCUUCCGUUAACCAAAUGAUGUGUUUCUUGAGACAUGUUUUAAUAUUUCCGUGGUUACCUGUAACUUUUACACUAGUUUGCUUGGAUCCUAUUUCCUGAUGUUGCUGAGCACCGUGUGGGAUGGUUUUGCUGUGUAUAUCUCAUAGCCCUUACUGAACUUGUUUACUUUACUGUAGGGGAGUGUGGAAGUCUGCUAGUCAGUCAUAACUACACACUACUAUCUAUCUACACCCCGAUCCAGGGGAGGUUUACAACAAAGUAAAUGGCCUAAAGCUAUUCAUUCCACCUUAAGUCCCCUCAGAAAGAAUUGACAAAAUAUCAGGAAUGUAUUUAGAUAUCAUACAAGUAUGCAUGGUCACCAUUCCAUAUUUAUUUUGAAAUAUUAAGAAAAUAUUUUUGGACAUUAAACAAAUCCCAUGUUAAUAUAUCCAUUAUAGAAAAGUAUAUGCACAAAUAUUUAUUCAUGCAUUUGUACUGCAUAUUUCUCUGUGUGUUUUUACCUUGCUCCUCUCUGUUGUCUCUAAAAUAGGUAUUUUGGACUUUCUUUAAAAGAGACACUACAUAUCCAAUUCCACCCAGCCAUCUCGGGGCCGUGACUGCAGUUUACUGCUAGUUAGGUAUCCUUACCACUGCCUCACUGUAUAUCAUCAGGGAGAACAUGCAACAUUUCCAGACUGUGUAUCGGAACCUACUGUACAUCAAUAGAACUCUUACUUACAUCAAUAGAACUCUUUCUUUCAUCAAUAGAACUCUUUCUUUCAUCAAUAGAACUCUUUCUUUCAUCAAUAGAACUCUUUCUUUCAUCAAUAGAACUGUUACUUUCAUCAAUAGAACUGUUUCAUCAAUAGAACUGUUACUUUCAUCAAUAGAACUGUUUCAUCAAUAGAACUCUUACUUACAUCAAUAGAACCGUUCCAUCAAAGAACUGUUUCAUCAAUAGAACUGUUUCAGCAAUAGAACUGUUUCAUCAAUAGAACUCUUACAUCAAUAGAAUUGUCCCAAGAGACGGCUCUGCGAGCGUUUGUUGAAUCAGGUAGACCUCUAGCUCUGUCUUUCCCUGACCGCUCGUAUAUCCUUGGUUCUCUCUGGUUGAAGGCGGUAUACUCUGGGGACACCGGGGUCCCCUCACACCUUAUCCCCUCUUCUGGCUUAGUCCUCUUUCUCACCCUAGGGAGUGAUGUCAUUUUUUGCUGUAGCCUAACCCUCACAGCUGGCUUGACGGGAGGGGACCCAAUGUGACGAGGUCGACUCCCAGGCUGACCAUGGGGUCAUCCUCAGUGUUUCCCCCUCUUGCAGCUGUCUGCCUGUCAGGCUAGCUGCUAGGCCAGGCACCCACCCCUACCGCUCACUAUGGAGCAAAUCCUAACUUCCUCUCCAGUCGAAUAAUGUCAGUUGGUGUCCUGUUGACAUUAACGCAUGACUAAGUGAAAAUUUUGCUUAAGUGGAAGUUAGGAGUCACCCCUAUGAAAGUAAAAUCCCAGGCAAGCCAUGUCAACUCUUCAAAUAGUCCCUCUGCAUGAGCGUCACUGUGAGAAACAACAACACACCUGGCUGUACCACUGUAGAAUUAGAAUUUGUAGAACAGACAUUGUUUGUGCAUACAUUAUGGAGGAAUAGUGUCUUUUCUAGGCAUUCUAAUUCUGUGUUUAUGUAAUAUAACCCAGUCCUACCCAGACCUGUUUUGUUUUUUGGUGGUUGAUUUUGUUUCAUUGAAUUAUUCUGCUUUUUGUUCAAUGAUGUGUGAAGGAAUUUGUUUUGAUUCAUGUAGAUCAAACCAAUGCAACUUUUUGUUUACUGCUUUUUCUGUGGUAUGAUGUCUUCUGAGUAAAGUUCAAACAGGAAUCAUCCAAAUCAUGCAAACUGCCAGUGAAAUGUGGCAACAAGCAAACUUGAGAUUGCUGUUACCUCUUGGUUACAUCUUCCAAAAAUUCCACCUUGAUUGUAAAUGUAAUAUCCAUUGUGCAUUGUCUUCAUCUUGCUCCCUGCAUAUUGUCUUUGUUUAGGUAGUUGUGUGUAUAGUUGAUUGAACUGUUGGUUGAAUUUGGUCUGUUUAUGUGUAUGCAUCUGAAUAUAUUGAGAGAUGGUGGGUAACUGGGGGGGGGAGAGAUUAUUUUGACAUUCCUCUUAUGCAUCUACACACUGUAAGUGAUAAAAUUGUCUAAUAAAUGCAAAAAUACUUUCAUUUUUUGCCACAAAAUUUCA